UUCACCAGGUACCGAAUCCAACAUAUAAUCAUGAUAAAAUAAACUAAUGUAUUUUUUGAUUUAUUUAUUAAUAUAGAAGAAGAAGAAGUAGUAUUGAGAUGGACACGUGAGCAGAGUUAACCCUAAUUUGACACUAAAAAUACGCAACUGUUUCAGAGCAAUCUCAAAAUCAUCCCAUCUCAUCUCAAUCGCCGUUACAAAAAAAAAAAAAAAAAUGGCAACCAUCGCCGAUCGUCAGCACUUUCCCAACCACAGCAAUUUCACCGUCAACAUUAACGGAACCAACAUUACCGUCACCGUUACUGCCUCUGCCUCCGUGGUCCAAGAAUGGAUCAACACCACGGUCUCCAUCGGCGCCGACCUUCUCCGCAGGUACCGACUUGAAGUCGCCCUCAGCAUGGAUCCUGCUGCGAACACGUUGCAUCUCUGCGUGGGUGUCCGAUGCUUGAUUUUCCAGCUCUCUCGGGCCGAUUGCAUACCACCAAACCUCCGUAGUUUCGUCUAUAGCAGUCAUUGCAGAUUCGGAGGGUUCUGGAACCGUGGUCAUCGCCAGUUGCUUUUAUCCAAGUACGGUUUGGUGAUGAACUAUGAUCCUAUGGAUCUGAGGUUGUUGAAGGAUGGUCUUGAAAAUCUUACUACUGAGGGGAUCAUUUAUGAAUGUCUUGGAUUCAGAGUGGAUCUGAAAGAAGAGAUCAGAACAAGUGAUUGGAAUCAAGAAAAGCUCAGCGAUGAUCAAGUUCUCUAUGCUUGCCUUGAAUCUUACUGUGCUUUAAACUGUGGGGUCAAACUUAAUUUGUGGUUACUUGGGUUCUGAUCGUGCUUGCUCUGAAUCUUACUAUUGGUAUUGGGGUUGGUUGAUCUAUGGAUAUGUGGGAUUUUGCAUCUAAUAUUUCUUUGUUUUUUAUAUGCCUAUUUAUGAUCAAAGUUGUAAUCUGAAAAACCUACAAAAUUGUUGAUCAAUUUCUUAUUACUGCAAGAUGUUUUUUUAUUAUAUGCUUAUGAUCUUUUGUUUUAA